AUGACAAAUGUCAGCAUCUCGUCACCAACGUUACAAGAUGUGAGGGAUAUCUACACACACAUUUUCAAUGGUUAUGACAAUCGAAUCCGGCCUUUAAUCAACCAAAGUGAGGCCUUAUCUGUGUCUAUGACCUUUCUGCUGAGUUCGAUAAACGAAUUCAAUGAAAAGUCACAGAAACUUGUAAUCGCAGGUUGGUUUAUCAUACGGUGGGUAGACGAAUCUUUAACCUGGAACAAGUCUGAUUUUGGUAACGUGUCGCAUGUAUAUGUUGAUGGGAAAUCAAUCUGGCAGCCGAAUAUUGUCCUUUUGAAUUCCUUUGGUAGAAUGAACAUGCUUUCCCAGUUUGCGACAAGGGCUGUGAUCAACGUCAAUGGGGAAGUCGAAUGGUUCCCAUCUGACAGUUUCGUUGUGAAGUGUGAAGUCGAUAUUACGUAUUACCCUUUUGAUACACAACGCUGCUCUUUGAAAUUCGAAAUGUGGGACGCUCCUACCUCCGAAGUGGUGCUCAUGGCAACAUCAAAAUCAAUUGAUACGAGUUAUUUCGAGAAAAAUGUGGAAUGGAGACUGACGAGUUCUGUUGUAAAAAACUUGGAAAUGGAGUACGGAGUACCGAUUUCAUCUGUACAAUAUUUCUUGCUCCUACAGCGGAGACCUAAAUUCGUUAUCCUGACACUGAUCGCUCCCGUUAUCCUGUUGGCGUUUCUCAAUAUCUGUGUAUUCCUAAUUCCCUUAUCUUCAGGAGAGAAGAAUGCGUUCUGUGUAACCGUGUACCUGUCAUACGCUGUGUUUCUAGGAAUAAUCAGCUCAGAGCUCCCACCCAACUCCAAAAACGUGUCCUAUCUGGCCAUAUAUCUGCUCGCACUGUUGGUUUUCAGUGUCAUCAUCGUCCUGAUAACAGUCAUACAGGUUCGUCUCUUUAUCGAGUAUGGAGAAACACCAGUUCCGGCAUCAAUUUUAAAAGUAUGUGGCUUCUGCACAAAUGGAACUCGAUCUCAAGUAACUCCCCAGGACAAUAAUGAUUUGGACGUCACGACGGAAAACGUUGUGGAACCGUUUGAAUUUAACAAUCAAAACGAAAAAGAGACGAUAACUUGCUUAAAGGACAUCCUGCCGAAAUUUGACAUUCCUUUGUUCUUUUUGUUCCUGGUCAUUUUGUGCGUUAUGACGUCGACUAUCGGCGCCAUAUCCUACUCACAUUCCAUAUGA